AUGGGGGCUGCUUCUGACAUCAUUGAGGAGUUUUUUAACAAGGACCCAAACGUGAAGCGCAUCUUGUUUCCUUCGCCGCAGGAGUUGGCGGGGCUCGAUGAGACUCUGGACCGGGUUCGUGCCAAAUACGAGUGUAACGUAACGGACUCGGAUGCCGCAUUUCAGUAUGCGUGUCUUCUGAUCAUGCACUGUCGUGCCUCUUACAUUGAGGAGGGCGUGCGUCUCAUGGAGUCUUUGCUGUAUACCUCCUGGAAGGAGCGCCUGGACAAUUUGGCAGGUUCAGCGGUAGACAAGACGAGGUUUAUGGCGGGUGGGCAGGUGGGCUUCCAAACCGAUGUGGUGCGCGGCAAGCCUGUUCAUGGGGCCUCCGCCCCCCCAGAACAACAUGACUGUGAUGAGGAGGAGGAAUUGCAGUCCAAAUCUGAAGUUGGAAUAGAGGAAAAAGAGAGGGACACGGGACGAAAAAGUGCGAGCCCCACGGAUGAUCUUCUUAUUCAAUACUAUUAUUUAACUGUUGGAUGGAUAAAGCUUCGCAACUAUGACACGGCUUUGACAUGUGUUAACCGAAUGCUUCAACUCCAACCGGACCACCGCCAGGCGGUUGCGCUGAAGCAGUACAUUGAUGCUGAAGUGAAUAUGACUUUAACUGCCACAGGCUUAGCUGGAGUCGGUGCAGUUGCUGCCGUGGCAGCGAUUAUUGGUUUGUUUUUGCGAAAAUCAUGA